AUGGGUGAGAUGGAAGGCUCUCCCGGAAGCUCCAUGCACGGAGUAACAGGGAGAGAACAAACCUUCGCAGCCUCAGUGGCUUCCCCCAUUGUCCCCACAGACACCACCGCAAACUUCUCUCUUCCGGUGGAUUCGGAGCACAAGGCCAAGGUAUUCAAACUCUUCUCCAUGGCCAAACCCCACAUGAGAACCUUCCACCUCUCCUGGAUCUCCUUCUUCACCUGCUUCGUCUCCACCUUCGCCGCAGCCCCUCUUGUCCCCAUCAUCCGCGACAACCUUAACCUCAUCAUCAUGCUGUCUGCCCCCACCGUGUUCUGCAUGUCGUUCGUGAAGGACGCUGCGGGGUACAUAGUGGUUCGCUUCUUGAUAGGCUUCUCCUUGGCCACGUUUGUGUCGUGCCAGUACUGGAUGAGCACCAUGUUUAAUAGCAAGAUUAUUGGCCUUGCGAAUGGGACUGCGGCCGGGUGGGGGAACAUGGGUGGUGGUGCCACUCAGCUCAUAAUGCCUUUGGUCUAUGAGUUGAUUAAACGAGCUGGGGCUACUCCCUUCACUGCUUGGAGAAUUGCGUUCUUCGUUCCUGGCUCCAUGCAUGUCAUCAUGGGGAUCUUGGUGUUGACACUAGGCCAGGACUUGCCUGAUGGAAACCUUGGGGCCUUGCAGAAGAAGGGUGAUGUUGCUAAAGACAAGUUUUCCAAGGUGCUAUGGUACGCCAUAACAAAUUACAGGACAUGGAUUUUUGCCCUCCUCUAUGGGUACUCAAUGGGAGUUGAAUUGACAACCGAUAAUGUCAUUGCUGAGUAUUUCUAUGACAGGUUUAAUCUCAAGCUUCACACUGCUGGAAUCAUUGCUGCUUCAUUUGGAAUGGCAAACUUGGUUGCUCGACCCUUUGGUGGAUAUGCUUCUGAUGUUGCAGCACGGUUAUUUGGCAUGAGAGGCAGACUUUGGACCCUAUGGAUCCUCCAAACCUUAGGAGGGGUUUUCUGCAUGUGGCUUGGUCGUGCCAAUUCUCUUCCUAUUGCAAUAUUGGCUAUGAUUUUGUUUUCUAUAGGAGCUCAAGCUGCAUGUGGUGCAACUUUCGGCAUCAUUCCUUUCAUCUCAAGGAGGUCUUUGGGGAUCAUAUCAGGUCUUACUGGUGCAGGUGGCAACUUUGGCUCUGGACUAACACAAUUGGUCUUCUUUUCAAGCUCCAAAUUCUCCACUGCCUCAGGUCUCUCAUGGAUGGGUGUGAUGAUAGUGGCUUGCACUCUUCCUGUGAGUAUUGUUCACUUCCCUCAGUGGGGUGGCAUGUUCCUACCACCCUCAAAAGACGUCAACAAAUCCACUGAAGAAUUCUAUUACACCUCUGAAUGGGAUGAGGAGGAGAGAAAGAAGGGCUUGCAUCAGCAAAGUCUCAAGUUUGCUGAGAAUAGCCGAUCCGAGAGAGGGAAGCGUGUGGCAUCAGCCGCAACACCACCAAAUACAACUCCCUCUCAUGUCUAGUACAACUUAUUCGAAAGCACAUUAAACCUCUCCAGCAAUACUCCUUGGGGAAAUAAGUAAGAAAAAUGGAAAUACAUUUUUUUUUAUAAGCCGAAACUAGUUUCAGAGAAGUUAAUAGGAGGAAUUUCUACAAAUUAGUUCAUGCAAGUUAAUUAAUUUAGUUUAUAGAGAAAAUUAUUUAGUUUUCCAUCUUAUUUUUCUUAAAAGCUCUUCUAGAGCCUGUAUGUAAGAUUAUCUAGCUCAAGAGUGCAUGAAAGAAAAAUGCAGAAGGAAAGAACCAUAAGUAAAGCUUUCUAUAAUACAAAAUCUUGCAACAUGUAGACAUAGAAUGUUGUGGUUUGCGAGGUGUGAACUUUAAUUGGGAAAUGGGAACCAUGUUAAUUACUUGUAGAGUUGUUUAAUUUGCUUGUGGGAAGUGUAUAAUCAAUAUGUCAAUGCAGAUCUUGAUGGCGAGUAUUAAUAUAGUAUCAGUUGUAUAUUCUAUAACUGAAAUGGAA